GGGGCCCAAGAAAUGUUAUCGUAUGGGGCCCUGGGAUUUCUGAUGGCGGUCCUGUGCAUGGGUAUUUACGUGUCUAAAUCUCUAACCUCAACUUGUUUCAAUGGCAGAUUGUUGAGGACAUAUGGCAUCUUCUUUCCAAAUACGUGGAAAAGAUGAUUCGAGAGAGGAUUCAGCCUGACAUACGCGCCAAAAGCAAUUAUCUUGCCUCGUUCCGUUUCAUCAACAUCGAUUUUGGCAAGAAGCCCCCACAGAUAAAGUCUUGGAAAACUCAUGCGGAUCCAGAAAAAAAGCAAAUAAUGUUGGAUCUCGAUAUCAGUUAUAAUGCCGACAUAAAGGUGGAUGCCGGUUUUACGGAAAAAACCCCCAUAGCCGGCAUCAAAUCUAUAAAGCUGGAGGGAAUCUUGCGGGUAAUUUUGGCACCGCUGAUGGAGGACUCACCCAUAUUUGGAGCACUGACCGUUUAUUUCCCUCAUCGUCCGGUAUUGGAACUACAAUGGACCGGAUUUGCCCACCUACUGAAUAUUCCUGGACUUCAAACGCUGUCGGAAAAAGAGCUUAUGAACCAAAUCGGACAGAUCAUCGUUGCGCCGCAGCAUUUCAGCCAUCCCCUUGCAGCCAGAUUUGAUUUGGCUAAGCUGCAGUUUUUAGAACCCAGGAAUGCGCUUCGUAUCCGAGUCAUAGAAGCCAAAAACCUUGUUGCCAAGGAAAUUUUAACCAAAUCGUCGAACCCUUAUGUUGUGAUAUGCGGAGGAGGAACAACAGCAAAGACAAGGGUGAUACACAAGAACUUGAAUCCAAAGUGGAAUGAGACCUUUGAGAUAUUAUAUUCUGACCUCCCAGACCAGGAGAUAGAAUUUAAUCUCAUCUCUGACAAAGGUGUUAAGAUAAACCAGCAAUUGGGCAGUUGCAGAAUUAGAAUUAAAGAGGUGCCAGAGAGAGGAUUCAUAGACAAGUGGAUAGAUUUGGAGAACGUAAAGUCUGGCCAGCUUCAUAUCAAGGUGACACGUCUCAGGCUACUUUCAGACCCAACACAACUGGAAGAGGUAAAGUCUCUGUUCCUUUACGCUGGCUACCGUGGAAAUACGUUGGAAUGUUUUGUUGGUGCAUCUAAUUUUUUUUUGGUUUUCCAGGUGCUGAAAGUAAAUGAACAAUCGCGGCCAAAAAGAGAAAAUGAGAUUGCUUCAGCCGUUUUAUACACCUAUAUUGAAAAAGGAAGGGGUCUGCCUGUUAUACAAGUGAGUCAGAUUAAAAGUCCCUCUAACUGCCAUUCCUGUCCCUACUGCCUGUUAUUAUCUUAAUUUGAGGUCCUUUUUAAUCUCGAGUAUUUAAGAUAUAAUAGGUGUAAAAUAUCUCCCAACACCAAGUUGAAAGUUUCCCUAUUUCCCAUAAUACACCAGUAUUGAUCGACAUCUGUUCUUGGCCAACAGGUGAAGAAGGACAAUCUGAAAGCGUUAGCUGUCGUACAGGUUGGCGUUGAAGACAAUGUAAAGAAGUUUGGAAGCAGAAUAAAUAACGGAGAAGCAGAGUGGAAAAAGAGGUUCCAGUUCUUGAUAAGGAACCCACUUAAUGAGGAACUGAAGCUUAAGGUUCACAAUGAACACAAUAAGCCCAUCGGAAGUAUUACUGUGCGCCUAUCUCGCCUUCUGGCUGCUUCGGAAAUGACCUUGCAGGACUGGCUGCCCCUGGAAUCAACUGAACAGAAUAGUGAAAUCCGGGUGAAAUUACAAUUGAGGAUUUUGACCCCUGAUGUUGGAGCUCCAUCGCCCCAAGGAAAGACCAAGGCUCAAUAUAUCAAACCACGGACCAAAGUCAAGAAGCACUGAGCGUUCAUUUUACAAUCAUUAGGUGACUGGCCAGUCUACCAACUCAUAGACACAAUCCACACAAUCUAUUUGAUGAAUUAGAGCCAACAGAAAUUCCAAAUAAAGAAUUUAUUCCUGAUUCAAAUGAUAUUGUUUACCCGUUAUUAAGAUCAAAGCUAACGCGCAGGUCUCCCUCCCACGGUUGGACAGAUCUCAAGUCCUUUAUAGGAGUUAAAUGGAACAUAUGGAACAUACAGGCACAUUAGCUCAUAAGUGGUUGGACGUGGAAAAGUUUCAUAGUGACUUAAUGCAGUGUUGUAUUUGAAGAAAUCUAAAUAUUUCCUCUUGGGGAAUGUUAUACUGGUCACGCAAUUGUUGCACUGAGAGUAAGGGUGUCCAUUUAGUAAGGGUAAAUAUUGUAGUCAGGUUGUUUUGUUCCCAACCCUGGAAGGUCCCACCAGAAAUCCCUGGAGGAAAGUCUGGGUUAGACAAAAAUACAGCUGGCUUAGAUGGAGAAACAAACUUAUAAGGCCAAAUGUGCCGUAUCUUGAGAGAAUGUGACAAUAUUUGGGUGUGUCCUUAAUUGUAGAGCAAAGCGUUUAGAACAUAAUACAUUUUGAACAUGCCCACUGUGCCGUGGUAUGAGUUGACCUCUUUGGGCUUCUAUAUAGUAAUAGUGAAGGUUUUAGGCUUCCCUUCUAUUGCUUCUGGAAGCAGUAUAAGAGUUAAAUCUGGUUCUUUUGUUAUCCCACAAAAAUGUAUUGAAAACUUUUAGUAAAUAUUCUAUGCCCUCUGGAGGAGUAACAACUUUCGUGGUGUGGAGAUGCGUACGGACAUCAAAGAUGUCUAUGAAGCAAAGCAACAUGGUACUUUUGUAUUUCAAGAAGAAGUUUAAUUCUGCUGAGGAUCUGAGGAGGAGGAUGAAGAAGGAAGAAUGGGAGGAUUUAAUACCAACACAGAACUUUUCUAUUUAGAAAAGAAGGUAGCAUGCGGUAAAGUAACUCAUGAUCUGCCCACAAUCUGAGGAGGAUGACAAUGGAGGAGGAACUUAGAAGACUACAUUUUAUCUCCUACAUGAAUAAUUCAUUCAACUACCCUGAUGUAGCCUCUCGUCACCCUUUGGCAUCAGUUGUGAGCCAUGCAAGUACUUUUGGGGCAGAGGAGAAGGAAGAGGACAUCAAAGAUGCCCAUGAAGCAAGCCAACAUUGAACUUUUGUAUUACAAAUAGAAGAUAUUUUGUUCUUGUAACAUUUCAAUGCCCAUGAAUGUCAACUGGAAUGUCAACAGGCUCCCACCAGUCUGUAGAGGACGAACGAGGAAGAGGAGGACUUAACAUAAACAUCAAUGCUGCUACCUAAGGCCACAACUCACCCUCUAUGUGUCAGUACCUUCUAGGUUGCACCCUCAUUGUCCCUGACCUUUGGCCUGACUUCUCAUGAUGGAACAUCUACUGUCUGUCUUGCUUAUCCGUUAUUAAGAUCAAAGCUAACUCGCAGGUCUCCUUCCCAUGGUUGGACAAAUUUAAAAUCCUUUAUAGGAGUUAAAUGGAACAUAUGGUCAUACAGGAUCUAGUAUCGAAGGCAAAUUAGCUUAUAAGAGACUUAGUGCAGUAUUGUACUUGAAGAAAUCUAAAUAUUUCCUCUUGGGGAAUGUUAUACUGGUCACACAACUGUGGCACUGAGAGUAAGGGUGUCCAUUUAGUAAGGGAAUAUACUGUAGUCAGGUUGUUUUGUUUUCACCACUGGAAGGUCCCACCAGAAAUCACUGGAGGAAAGUCUGGGUUAGACAAAAAAACAGCUGGUUUAGAUGGAGAAACAAACUUAUAAGGCCAAAUCUGUGCCGUAUCUUGAGAGAAUUUGACAGAAAUCCCCAGAGGAAAGUCUGGGUUAGACAACCCUGAGAGAAUGUGACAAUAUUGGGUGUGCCCUUAUUUAUAGAGGGAAGCGUUUAGAACAUAAGGGGGGAUGAAGCCCGUUUAGGGAUGAAAUUGGGUUAUGCAAGGCCCCCUUCCCCGUAAGGUGCAGCCCUUUUAGCCUCCCCCACCCCAUUCCCAGUUAGCCCCCAGGUAAGAACAAUGGAAAGUGGGAAAAAGUGGGCGGGUUGGGGGUGGAAACAGAGGAGGAGCGUUGAACAGGGCAGGGGUUUUAAGAGGAUGUGGUUUGUGAAGAGUUCAUACGUAUUUGUUUUUUGUUUCCCAUCCUCCCUCUCUAGGUAAGACAGAUCCAGUCGAGAAAAAGGAAAAAGUUGCUCCAGGGUUGUUACAACCGAUGGCCUGGAUGGGGUCAGGAAGGAAUUUUUCUCAUAGCACUUAAUUGGCUGAAAAGUGCACAGCAGGCAGACUUUCAUGUGGGGCCACACAAGCGGGGGGUUUCAGGCCGGAUGCUUCCUCUAAAGUUACGCCCAUUGGCUUAACUACCGGGGAAGAAGGGGGUGCGAUUGUACCAGGACCCGCACCCCCGCAGGGCCCCCCGGCAGAUCGCGCCCUGCUGCAGCCGACUGUAGUCGGCUGGAGCCGAAGAGAACAUCGGCAGAUGUAGUUGUUUACCAGUUGCUUUCGAGUCGUUUCAAGGCUA